AGUGAUUUUAUCAAAUGUAUUUAUGAAAUAAAUCAAUCGAAGAUAACGAAAAAUAAAUAAAAAAACAGUUUUUAAUUAUUUGUGCACAACAUAAUAGUUGCAUUUGCGUACAUUUUUAAGCAAGGUACUGUAAAAAAAAUGAUUAUCACAAAGCAUUUAAAUGGUCGGCAAUUCUCUAUAAGUCACUUCGAGUUGGCCAUCUUUAAAAUAUAUUCGAGAAGAGUGGUUGAUGGCCCUCAGCAUCGCCAGAAUCAUCCAGUGAGGGUUGAAUGAUUAAUAUCAGAGAACAUAUAUUUUUUUUUUUUUGUCAAAAAAAGAAAGUGAAACUAAGAAGGUAAAUCACCGUGGAAAUAUAUAUUUUGUUUAUAAUUUACUAUUAAAUAUAAACAAUUUACAUUCAAAACAAAAUUAAACAAUAAUUUCAUACACACAAUACAAUAUAUUUUUAUAUUGCACACAUUAUUAAUACUCAAUAUAACUCAACUGAACAUAAAAACUAAAAAUGACAGAUGACAAGAAAAAUACAAACAAUACAGAAUGUAAGGAAUUAGCGAUUUACACAACUAUUGAACCUCAAAUCCUGAAAGAAAAUUUAUCUAAAAUAGACAUACCAUCUACAGAAUUAUAUGAUCUGGAGGAUCAACAAAAUGAAGUGGAACUAGGAUCCAACAAUUUGAUUCAGUUUUUAAUCUAAUGGAAUCUUUACAUACAAAUAAUAAAGAUAACAAUAUAUUAAAUAACAUGACACUGACAACAGAUAUAGUUACAAGCUCCAUUAACGAUAUUUUAAUCGAUUUGAGUAACGUCGUCAAAGUAAAUUCAAUAACUCCUCCACGGCCAGAAGCACAGAUAACCAACAGAGAUAGUGUUGAAAUCAAUACUACAGCUUUAAUAAAUGAAGUUACAAACAAAAAUUGUACCGAAAAUGUAAUAAAAUCUACAAAAUUACAUGAUCUGGAUGAUCAACAAAAAGAAGUAGAGUUGGAAUCUGAUAAUUUUAAACAAAAUUCGAACCUAGAAAAUCUACUAUAUGGAAAUACUAAAGAUAAAAACAUACCUUUUGUUGUGAAACCAACGAAGGAUUCGGUUAUGAGUGCCAUCGACAAUCUUUUAAUCGAAUUGAAUAAUGACGUCAAAGUGGAGUUAACUACUCUUCCACAGCCAGCGGCACAGAAGAACCACAGAGAAGGCGUUCGAAUGAAUACUACAGCUUUAAGAAGAGAAAUGUAUAUUAAAAAUAGACUACAAAAAAAGUAACAAGAGCACAAAUAAAAACAAAUUCAAUUUUAAA